AUGACGGUUAAGCGCAAGACACGGAAUGAUGGCCUCGGACAUCCCUCCGCGGCGCGCGGUUCCGAAAACGCGCUCGAGUCGCGUCGAUCGACGCGUCUGCACAACUUUCUCUCUCGACUUGUCACCGUGCCUCUCCCGAUCCGCACCUUCGCGCGUCUCCAAGCGCGCACAAAGCCGGUGGACACAUCCAAGCAGGACAUCAGCGCCUGGCUCUCUCAAUCUACAGCGACCGAUCCGGCAGCAGCAGAGGAGAUGAGCGACGAUGAGGGCUCUGGCGCGGUCGAAUAUGUGCUUUCGACGGAGGACUGGCCGCUCCCGCUUGAGCAUCUGACGCACGCUUUGCUGUCGUCGAGCACGGCGUCGCGCGUGCACUUUCUACGGCACGAUCUGCUCCCACUAGCGCAGCAGGCCGAUCUAUCGCUAUCGCAGACGCUCGACCUGUUCAAAGCCCUAACGCUCCCCUCGACGCACUAUGCCGACUCUUCCCCGCCUGCGACAGAAGAAUAG